AUGGAACCUUUUAGCAAAAGGACCAAACUUGACAAAUUUAAAAGGCGAUUGGGUUACAACUUCGCUUACUCAAACUGUAACAAUAAGAUUUGGAUUUUUUGUGAUCAGCUCUAUGAUUGUGUCAUUAUUCAAGAUAAAGAGCAGCAAGUCACCUGUAGCAUCACUACUCAUGAGGAAACCAUUUUAUUGACUGUCAUAUAUGCAAAAUGCAAGGAUCAUUUAAGGGAGCCACUUUGGAAUGAUUUGAGAUACAUUGCUAAUAACAUGAAUCUUCCUUGGUUGGUCGCAGGAGAUUUUAAUGUUAUUUUGGCUCCAGAGGAGAAACAAGGGGUCACCCAUCUUAUCAGGAUUGGAUCUGAUCACUGGCCUCUCUUGAUUUCUAUAUCCUCUUCUCAUCAAACUCAUCAGAAAUAUUUUAGAUUCUUGGAUCUAUGGACUCAAGAACCUGGUUUUAAUGAAACAGUGAAGGCUGCCUGGAAUGAAGAUACUAGUGGAUCACCCAUGUGGAAUUUCCACUUGAAAUUGAAAAACACAUGCAGAAAGCUAUCUCAGUGGUCGAGAAACAGUGUUGGUAACAUUUUUGAUAACACUAAAGCUAUGGAAAAAAAGGUUGCGGAUUUAGAAGAAAUUUGCUUGACCAACAAUUCUGAUAGCAACAGAAUGGCUUACAACUGCGCAAAUGCUCAACUUAUUAUGCAUAUCAAGAAGGAAGAAGCUUUUUGGAAACAAAAGGCUGGUAUGAAAUGGUUUCAAGAUGGUGACUCUAAUACCAAAUUUUUUCAUACCAUCAUGAACAAUAAGAGAAGAAGAUUAGUCCUCAAAAAGAUCAAAAAGAAUGAUAACACAUGGAUUGAAGGAAGUGAUGAAAUUGCUAAGGAAGCAAUAAAUUUCUUUGAAUCCCAAUUCAGUAAGGACGAUUCUCACAAAGAUUUCAGUAUUCUAAAUUGUCUACCAUGUGUGAUAAAUGAAGAAGACAAUAAUAUACCGGAUGCCCUACCUACUAUGACUGAGUUGAAAGAGGCAGUAUUCUCACUAAGUGCGGAUAGUGCUCCUAGACCAGAUGGUACUCCACUUCCAAGAUCUUUCACUCAUUCAUGUCUUAUCCUUAUUCCAAAGACACCAAACCCUCAAAGAUUUACAGAUUUGAGACCAAUAAGUCUAAGCAAUUUUAGCUAUAAGAUCAUAUCCAAAAUGCUGAACACAAGACUAUCUAAAGUCAUUCAUAAAGUGGUCUCACCGAAUCAAACAUGA